ACGGGGGAGGGGUGCAUUCAGUGCAGUGGUUCUCUUCUGUCUGGCUGCAGUGAUCUAGAUCGUGGGGAAAGCCACGUGUCCGAGGAAGAGAGCCAGGCCACGUGUGUGCGGGUUAAGCCGAGCCACUUCUGGGCAGUCAGAGAGAGAGAGAGAGAGAGAGUCACGCGUGUAAAAUAAACGCUUCUGAAAAUGGCUGGGGCAAUCUCGCCAUCGAUGGGAUUGGCGGCGGCCAGCUGUGGGCGCAGGUCUCCAGCUUGUCGUAUCUCGAGAAUCGUGCGGCGGACAACAACUCUCUCCUCUCGUCCACUUGCAAGAUCUGCUGUGAGCUUACCGCCUCAGCCGAGGAGAAGAUGGUACACGUACACGUGGCGUGCUGCGGAGCAACCGCUAUGCUCUGGGAGGUCGUUAGGUAGCGUCCGUGGCGCAGGUGCUGGAGGGGGCCAGCGGGGGCUGUGCGGCGAAGCCAUGGGCUCGCCGCCCUCGUCGUCGUCGUCGUCGAUGGCCCGAGGGUUGGUCGGUGGGCGAGCGGGGGGGGAAGAUGCGGGGCAUUCAGGCAGGCAGUCGGCAUCAGCCCUGUUGCGAUCGCAACGGGCGGCGACCUCCCGGGAUGACGUGGCAGCGACGGCCGGCUCAGUUUGCGGCGACGCUACCGCUGUCAGUCGCGAUCUGGACAGGAAGACGACGGCGACUGCGGUUGGUCGCAGGCAAUGGGCCGCGGUCGUCGCUGCCGCGUUGGCGGCCGCCGCCGCCGUCGCCGCUGCCACGUCAUCGGCUGACGUGGCACUCGCUGACGACUGCUUCACGAAGCUCACUGAGACCCCCCUCGGUUUGUCGUUUUGCGACAUCAAGGUCGGCGACGGCGACGCGCCGCAGAAAGGCAUGCUGAUUAAAGCCCAUUACACGGGGCGAUUAGCCUCCAACGGUCGGAUUUUCGACAGCAGUUAUGAUCGGGGAAGACCCUUCGUUUUCCGCGUCGGGGUCGGGGAGGUAAUCAAGGGCUGGGAUGUCGGGAUCCUUGGGACCGAUGACCUUCCUGCCAUGCUCCCGGGGGGCCGAAGAACCCUCGUUAUUCCGCCCGGGUUAGGAUAUGGAGAGAGAGGAGCCGGCUGUCGAGGGGUUACGCCUGACACGUGUAUCAUCCCACCGAAUUCCACGUUGAUCUUCGAUGUGGACUAUAUCGGAGCCGCCAUUGUGAAGGAAUGAUACAAUGCUGGUUCCCGUCAUUUCUGCCUUCGAUUUUUGGAUAAAAAUAUUGAUUAUUG